UUGGAAUCAUUCACAUUAAAUAACAGUAAUAUGAUUAAAAAUUUCACAGAGGAUGGACAUUAUUUUGAUUUUUACUCUGAUUACCACUAUAACUAUGAUGAUUCACACACACUUCCUUUGGAGGAAUUAAUACCCGUGUCUGUGGCCUAUGGCUUGACAUUGGUAAUUGGAAUCACGGGAAAUAUACUGGUUAUCGCCUCCGUGAUAAGAUUUCGGAAACUCCAUAGUGUCACGAAUGUCUUUUUGCUGAGUUUGGCCUCGGCGGAUUUGCUUUUGGUUACCAUUUGUGUUCCAGUCAAGUGUAUAGCUUUCUUUACUUAUUCCUGGAGACUUGGAGAGUUCCUUUGCAAGUUUGUGAACUACCUUCAGAAUUUGUCUAUAAUCUGCUCCGUCAUGACACUGACAGGAUUGAGUCUAGAAAGAUACUACGCUAUUCUCCAUCCGAUAAAGUCUAAGUAUGUGUGUACAAUCAGCCUAGCCAGACGAAGUGUUGUCUGCAUUUGGAUUCUGAGCGUCAUCAUGGCAACCCCAACUCUUGCAGGCCAGACUCACAAGUUGGUAGGUACACACCGGAAUGCCCAUUGGUGUAUAUUGGAGUGGGAAAAUACCUUUGUACAGAGAUUGUAUGGUGUUUACAUGUUCCUGAUCAUCUUGUUCGUCCCAUUCGUGAUUCUAAGUUUCACUUACACCAGCAUCUGUAGAAAACUAUGGAAAAUGGAUGGACGCGACCAAAAUAUAGGCAAUGUCAAUGACAAAGAAGAGACUAUCCAACUUCGACGAGUGUUGUCAAGACGAGACAAAAAAGUCAUCACCAACAGAGGAACUCAUAGCGAUGAUACUUAUUCCAGGAAGCAGGUCGUGAAGAUGCUUGUAACCAUUAUCAUCCUGUUUAUGAUCUCAUGGGGACCAAUAACGACCAACAAUCUCUUGGUAUCCUUUGACAUCCUAGACAACUUGCACAUGGGAACGUUGAAACACGUCCGCCAAGCGUUUUAUGUGUUAUCGUACUUUAAUAGUUGUGUCAACCCAAUUGUCUAUGGGUUCAUGUCCAAGAAUUUUAGGAAGGCGUUUAUCAUUGCACUAGGCUUUAUGUGUUUUGGUCGCAGACAGAGAAGCCGAUUCUUCGAUGAAACUGUCGUACGUUUUUCUACAGAAAAUCGCUCUAGCAGUGUAGUACAGAGUUAUCAAUAUAGGAUUUCUAAACAGUUCACGAGGGAACAGAACACCUAUGUACACUGAAUCAUGUAUAGGGAAAUUUCUAUUUGAAGUGUAUACCGGUAAUAAAAAUAAAGAAGUGUCAAAUAAUAAGGAAAUAAGAAGCCAAUUGAUUACAUUUAGUACCCUUUAUGACCAUUGUAAAAAAUGUCGUCAGAUAUGCAAUUCAAAAUAAAGGUAUGAAUGACAAUGAACUGAAGACAUCUCCAACUUCAAGAUGGACAUUUAUCUAUAGGGCAACCAUAGUCAUGGUCGGCGUAUUAAUAUUUAUUAUAAUUUCAAUAUCAAGAAGUACCUGACUGUGUAUCCACCACUUAUGAUUUUUUUAUUUUCAAUUUUACUUUAUUCUUUGCCAUCACCUGUUUUGUUAAUACAGAUUUAUUGGAAUA